GGAAGUACACAUACCGGAAGUGGAAGCAGCAUGGUUAUUUGCGGUUCUUGCAUUCUGUUUAAAGAUGGAUGAAAGUCCGCUGCUGAAGAAGCAGAAAUUGGCAGAAAAGGGCCCAGAGAAGGUUGAUUGGAAAAAAUGGAAAGCAGAAAGAAAAGAGAAAACAAAAAAACUAAAAGAAGCAACAUUUUUAAAGACUCUGGAGAAGCAGAAGCGGAAGCAGAAAGAAGAGGAAGAGGAGGAGAGAAAAAAACAGUUACAAGAGGAGGAGAUAAAGAGGAGAGGCCGUCCGUACACAGUCAGUAUAGCAUUGCCGGGGUCAGUGCUGGACAAUGCCCAGUCCCCUGAGCUGAGGACCUACCUUGCUGGACAGAUAGCCCGUGCAUGUGCUGUCUUCUGUGUGGACGAAGUCGUGGUGUUCGAUGAGCAAGGGGAUGACACCAAGAGUGUGGUAGGAGAGUUCAAAGGGAUUGGGAAGAAAGGACAAGCCUGUGUGCAGCUUGCUCGCAUUCUCCAGUAUCUGGAGUGCCCACAAUAUCUGCGGAAGUCCUUUUUUCCAAAGCAUCAAGAUCUACAGUUUGCUGGUUUAUUAAACCCCCUGGACAGCCCUCAUCACAUGCGGAUGGAUGAGGAGUCUGAAUUCCGGGAAGGAGUGGUGUUAGACAGACCUUGUAAACCAGGGAAAGGGUCCUUCGUUAACUGUGGAAUGAGGAAGGAGGUGCAGAUAGACAGACAGCUUCAGGCUGGUCUUCGAGUCACAGUGCGACUAGACAAGAGCCAGAAUCCAGAAAGCAGAGUCCAGAAGGGUAGGGUAGUGGCGCCUCAUGUCCCGAGGACAGAGUCUGGUCACUACUGGGGCUACAGCGUCCGCUUGGCCUCUUGCCUCAGUAAAGUGUUCACCGAAUGCUCUUUCAAGGAAGGUUACGACUUGACAAUUGGCACGUCUGAAAGAGGCAGUCGCGUGGACAGUGUAACCCUGUCUCCUUUCAAGCAUGCCCUGAUUGUGUUCGGGGGACUGCAGGGUUUAGAGGCCAGUCUGGACACUGACCAGAACCUGGACGUGACUGACCCCAGCAUGCUGUUUGACCAUUACCUGAACACCUGCCCAAACCAGGGCAGCAGGACGAUACGCACAGAGGAAGCCAUUCUCAUCACGCUGUCUGCAUUGAGACAGAAAAUCGAAACAGCUGUUUGAAAAUCUACUUCGUAAGAUAAUGUUUUCUUUCUUGAAUAUUCAGAUUUUUCUAAGGCAGUUAAACUCUGUCUGUGAACCUAC